CACUGUGAAGAGCGAAGCAGUUUCAGAUCAGAGCUGUGCUGGUGUCAUACGGCUUUCUUGUCUUUAAUGCUGAACCCGAUCAUGAUCAUAGAUCUGCUUUGGAUGAUCCUGCCAGUGUUUCUAGUCUGUGCAGAGGCCGAGAAUGUGACUGAGGUCGAGGUGAAGCUGGGUCACAAUAUCACCUUGAGCUGCUCUACGGACAUUUCAAACAUAUACUGGUACAUGCAGAUCUACGGCCAGCUCAGUGUGUUUAUCGGCCGUACUUUCUCUGGAAACCAUGAACACAACUACUGCUCUCCAAGUUUAAAAACCAAAUAUUCUCUCCGGGAAAACACACUUGUGAUUACAAACGUCACAGCAGGGGAUUGCAGGUUUUACUUCUGUGCCAAGAAGAUAAGGAGCAACAUUAGUUAUGUGGACACUUUUCGCCUUGUCUCAGAUGUUCCUCCAACUCCACCCACCAAUGAUUCUCAACCAGACCAACACCAGGAGCAGCACAACUGGACAAUAUGGCAGAGUAAUUAUGUCAUGUAUGGCUCACUCACCCUAAAUGCUUUCUUCAUCUUAGUUACAAUAGGUCUGGCUUUUGCGUUGCUAUGUUUAAAGAAGAAGAAGAAGAAGAGGAAGAAACAGAAGCAGAAAGAGAAGGACUACAACCACCAAGUGAAUGAUUCGUCUCUUUUGAUCUACGAGAACAUACAGAUCCCAGUGACUGUGCAGAACUAAUCCAGACCCUUGUAACCAUGAACUAGCUUAAGUUCCAGCUAACUGCUAAAACAUUAGCACUGACAGCUAGCAUAAAAAAUAUCCACAUACAAUCACAAUAAACAAGAUUUAAGUUUGAAGACUUUAACUACAGAGCAGACAGUGAUAUUACAGAAAUAAAUGAAGUAAAAAAAACUUACUUCUUACCUCAAAAUGAGUUUUUUCCUCCUAAAACAGUCUGUGUCUGUCACAGGGAGCUACUUCCUCACAGGUGGAAUAAAGACUAGACUGAGCAGGUACAGAGUGAAUCAGGUGAUUCAUUACUUGUUCCUGAUGUGAGGAAUUGGAAGUCUUAGAACUAACCCAUGUGACAACCAUCCCCAGUCUCCAAAAUGGAAUCAUUUACAAAGUCUGGGCCUGUGAAGAUUGUUUUUCUGCCACUGAUGCUAUAUAGGACUAUAUGACAUAAUCUCGUAUUACACCUUUUCUUCUUCUACUGCUAACAGUCCAGUCAGUGGUGCUGUUCCUGUGCUGCACUCAGUAUUCCUGCUGUGUUUCAGUAUUAGCAGAUCCACCUCUCCACCUCCAGAGUCCCUCCACCUGCAGCUCCUCCUCACGAGCGUGGACAGACUCCAGUUUCACGCCUGCAACAACCUUUAGCCAAACGUGUUUAUGGUGGUUUAAGAUUCAAUAUUUGUAUUUGUUUGUGUUUCUUUUGUUCUGCACUCUGAUUGUUCACUUAUGCAUUUGUAGAGAAACAGCUCAAGUACAUUUGUUUAUUUUGGUUUUUUUUAUUGAAUAGCUAACACAAACAGGAACAUAAUUUCUUCUUCUUUCUUCUUUUCCUCAAACUAGUUAGUGAUAGAAAUAUGUACUGGAUGUUUUUAGAAAGAAUUUGUGUCUUAACAGUGAGGCAAUCUGAAUAAAACACAUUUUAAAAAAAGAAAUGAAGUAUUAAUUACUCUGGGAAUGUCUUGCUUUUUAUAAGCAGAACUAUAAGAUUCCUGCCCUGCCUUAUUCAACUGUAGUAUGGUAUAUUAUGCUUACAUGUAGCUUUUUAUAUAAUAUUGUUAUAGUUUUCCUAUAUGGUAAUUGAGUCUAAUCUGUGUUUACAUACAUCUCUUACACAUCUGCCUGUGUUGAAAGAAAAUUUGUUUUGUUUUUUUUCUGGACUGAAGGUGUUUCUGAAGUUAUGUUAUAAAUUUUAAACAAAACAACUAACUACAAGCUA